AUGGGGAGAUUCCUACAGGGGACAGUGAAUCAGCAGGUUGUAGGACAGAGAGCUGUCAAACAGACCUGUAAUCGCCGCUGCAGUGGAUACUGUUACUACAGGUGGUACAGGGGUAACCAGCAGAGCGCUGAAAAUUACCUAGGAUGUUCAUUCAGUGCCGCAGUUUGGAUCGACUCCACCAGUUCAUCUAAUCAGGACAGAUACUCCUGUUUGGUCAACUACGCCCAGCCUACUUCAGACUGUAAACUGGAUCUGCAGCAGUGGGGAGUGACGUACACUCCUGAUAGUGUGUGUGCUCUGGAAGGUUCAUCAGUUGAUCUCUCCUGCUCUUAUAAACACCCUGGAGGACUCAGAGUGACUGAAUCAUUCUGGUUAGUUUGGCCUAGAGAUACGUAUGUAGAUCUGCUACUGUAUGAUCAGUAUAAGGGGAGAGUGCAGUAUAACCAGACUCAGUGUAGAAUGAGAAUCACUGGUCUGAGAGCGAACGAUGCUCGAAUAUACUGGUUCAGAUUCAUCACUGAUGAUCCGGAUGGUAUUUACACUGUUGGAUCUGGAGUCCGUCUGUCUGUCACAGGUAGUUCUGGAUCAUAUAAAACAAGUGGGUUUGAAGGUUUGCAGGUGAAAGUGGAAGGUGCUGCAGCUGCUCCUGCAGAAGAACAGACAGUAACACUGACCUGUAGCUCGAUGUGCUCUCAGUCCUACUCCACCUACAUCUGGUACAGGACCAUACAGCCUGUAUCUGAGUGUAGAUCUUCCUCCUGCUCUGUAGCUGUGGUCAGAGGAGAGAUCAGCUACAGCUGUGCUGUUAAAGGCAGUGAUCUCAGCUCUGCUUCAGUGUACUCUCCUAAAGAGACCAGAGCGGUUGUUCUUCCCUCUGGAGAGAGAAUGGAGGGAGAUUCAGUGACUCUGACCUGCAGCAGUGAUGCAGAUCCUCCUGUUCUCACCUUCAACUGGUUUAAACAAAGUGUAAAUGAAUCACUGGGAACAGGCCAGAAUUACAGCAUCACCAACAUCAGCUCCCAGCACAGCGGACUGUACUACUGCACCGCUCUCAACCAGCUCGGACAGCACAGCUCUGCACCCGCCCGUCUGGACGUGUUCUAUCCUCCCAGACCUCCAUCUCUAUCUGAGUUUAACGGGUUUAACGGCUCGAUCACGCUGGUGUGCGUCAGCGACUCCAACCCUGCCAGCUCCUACACCUGGUUCAGGAAGACAGGAAGCAGCUCUGAACCUUUUAGAAACGGCUCUAAUUUAACUUUAGCUGCUGAAACAGCUGGAGUUUUCUACUGUCUGACUCUAAAGCCUGGAGACGACACGUACACAGCUCUAAACCUCGCCACCACCUCUUCCUCUGAGUACGACACUCUGACACACGCUACACACUCUGCCAACGAUACAUACUCAACUCUCAACCCUGCAACCAGGACGUCCUCUGAGUACGACACUCUGAUAGUUGUUGCUCCUCCCCCGGUGCAGAGCGGAGCUCCAGACGAGGAGAAUAACUAA